AUGACAGAAUAUUGGGUAAGUUCAAAAAAACAUUAUUGUGAGACGUGCAAUUGCUGGCUAUCAGGACAUAAAUUAAAUAUAAAAAAUCAUGAAAAAAGUGCAAGACAUAUUGAAAACUUCCGAAAGCUGCUUAAUGAAUCAUAUAAAAGGAAAGAAGAAGAAACAAAAGAACAAAAAUUUAUUGAACAAGAGUUAAAAAAAUUAGAAAAUAUUGAAAAACAAUUUCGUUCAAAUUUAAAUAACAAUGGGGGUAAUUCGAUUAAUCCGAGUAGUAAUAUAAGCACGCCAAAGCCUAAUUUAAGUAAACCAUAUGAUAAUCGUAAAGCUAUUAAUAAUAAUAAAAUAUAUCAUAGAAGUUUCAAUAAGAAUUAUAAAAGUAACAAUAGUAAUAAUUUAAAUUCGACAGGGAGGUAUAGCAGUAAUUAUAAUUCUAGUAACACAAACACAUGGGUAUUAAUGGUACAUGAGCAUACAGGAUGCUUGGUAUUUUUUAAUAUGCUAACAAAUGAAGUGAGUUAUGAAAAGCCACAAAACUUUGUUUAUGAAAAUAUACAAGCAUCUGAAAAGUUUACUGCUGAAAAUGGGUGGUUUAAAUAUUUUGAUUAUAAUUCAUAUAGUAAUUAUUAUUAUAACAUAUAUAAACAAUUAAGUAUAUGGGAAUAUUCUGAGAAAACGAUAAGUAAUUUGGCUAAUUUUAUGAAAAUUUGCAACCAGAAUGCGGGAGAAAAUACGAAUAUAGUCAAUCACGCAGAAUAUUUCGAAAAUGUAUCAAACAUUUUAGGAGAAAAUAUUGUUGAUAAGGAGAAGGGGGGGAAAAAAGUAUCUAUCCCGGUAAAACCAAUUAUUGAAAAAAAAAAAAAAGAGUUGCAUAAUAAUAAUUUAUCAAAUGAUAUUAAUAAUACAACAAGUAAUAUAAAAAUAGAUCAAAUGUUUCAGUAUGAUUCUCACAAUAAAAGCGCUAGCGAAUAUGGUGAAAAUUGUGUGAGAAAUGAUGUAAAAAAUGAAGUGGAAGCAGAAAAUAAUAAUGAAACAGAUAUUGAUAAAAAUAUAAAAAGUGCAAAUGAAGGUAUACCAAAUUUAUUGCAACAAAAUGAUGAAAGUUCAAAACCGGGUAUGUGGGAAGUUGUUGAAAACGACGAAAUAAAAACAAUUUCAGAAGAAAAUAUUGAAAACAUUUUUUAUAAAAUUAAGACAAAAGAAGAAUUAGAAAAUGAGGAAAUCAAAGAAAUUGAGGAUAAUUUAGAAAAAGAAUAUUCUAACUUUAACGAAUUUUAUGUUAAAAAAAAACAAUUAGAAAACAAAGAACUAUAUUUAAGCCAAGAAUUUAAAUUUGUAAACAAACCUAUAUAUAAAAAAGCUAUUGAUAAAAAUGACAACAAGAAGGUCGAUUUUGCCAAAAGAAAUAUUAAACCAAAACAAGCCAAAAAAAAAAUUACAUGA